AUGAAUGAAUUUCUCGAUAAAUAUGGAACCGAUACAACCACAAACUUUCAACUUAUGAGAUGGGCGAAUGAGUUAAAUAUAUCACCGUUUUAUUAUUGUAUGAGAGAUGAAAUAAAUGAUCUGAAAUAUAAGAAAGCGUGGAUAAAUAAAGCAAAACCUUACUUUGUGGAUCAAAUCGGAGACACUCUUCAAGGUGAUUUAGAUAUGAACAAUUUUAGCAUAACUAAUUUAAAGUCUCCGGAAAACGAUAAUAAUGCCAUUCACAAGAAAUAUUUAAUGGAGCAAUUAAAUUUAAUUGAAAUAGAUAAAGACUAUUUAAAAGAAAGGAUAAAUGAUGUGAAAAGAUUCUUCAAACGACAAAUGAAUAAUAACGAUUUUAUUGAUGAUACUAAACUACAACAAGAAGUAAAAGUUGAUUCAUUAUUCUUCACACAAGGCUUCUUCAUACAAGGCUUACGUAGACAUAAUAAAAAAUUUAACGCUAAAAAAGUUCUUCAGUUUAUCAAUGGUACAAAAAAUGUAGAAACUAAAGAAUAUGAAAGUAACGACGAAAACAACAAGGUUAAUCACUUAUAUGAAAUUAAAACGAGUGGAAAAUAUUUAGAUAGGUUUAGAAUGUUAAUCAUACAAGAUAAAGAAGAAGAUGAAUUUAUAUUGAGUGAUUUUGAUAUGUUAUUGGAGACGGAAACUCCACCAUCAAUGAAUACUAUUAGAAAUCCAAAACCACAAAAAAAAGAUAUAAGCUUUUAUGAGUUUUUACGAGCAACAGACUUUGAAUACGUAAAACUAUAUUUUGUUGAUAAUGGUAAAUUUACCUCAAUUGAUAUUCAUAAAAGUCAACAAAAACAAAAUUUUUUAAUAAGAGAUGAUGCAUAUGUUAAUAUAAUAAUCUAUAUUGAAAAACCAAAAUUUUCAGUUCAUCUGAAUAAGAUUAAUGAUUCGAAAUAA